AUGAAAUUGGUUGAUAUUGUAUUCGUGCUGAGCGUGGCAGCAACUGCUAAUGCAAUACUGGUUUCAGAUAACGGCAAUGGUUCACCACAAGCAUCAAGCACUUCCAGUCAAGUGUCUGGCCCAACUGAUGAACCUAAUCCAGGCACUUCAGAUGAAUAUCAGGAAGAACCAGUGAAUUUAAGUUUUCCCGGCCAGAUCCAACAGCAGCCAAUGUAUCAACCCAAUCAAAACCAGCGACCAACUGUGAUUGUAGCUGGUCCAAAUCUAUUCAAACAAGGUCGGAAACGCAUAAUUGAUUUAACCACUUCCGAUCAAGACCAACAACCAACAGAUGUAGCUGGACCGAGCACUCCAAAACAAGUCCGAAAACAACCAAUUGGUAAAACCAGCCAAAUCCAGCAACAGUCAAUGAUUCAUAACGAAUCGGGCAAUACUGUUCCAAAUCAAAUAACUGUAUUGAGCAAAAAAUAUCAAAAAACCUUUGAUCGCAUGACGAAAAAAUUUGAAUGUUUUAAAAAGAUAGCAAGAGACAAACACAAAGAAUAUUAUAAUCAUGCAAACCUUAAACUCAGUCAACAGUUAGCAUUAGCAAUGGGCAAAGAAAUACCUGAAUCAAUGUGCGAUCCAAACACUGAAAAAAGGUUAAAACAAGAGUAUGAAAAGCUAAGGAGAAAAGUAGUCAGUGCCAGACAACGAUUGAAGGAUUUUAUGAGAAAGCAUGGUUUAGAGUUUGACGAGCCAAGUUCAAAUCUGGAUUGA